CUGCAACCGCAAGCCGUCCAAACUCGUGCGCCCGCCACUCUCCGAGCGGGUGCGGGCGGCGAGCUUGGGCUGGGACCGUACUGCUCCGCUAGUCCGGAGGCCGCCCUGCCUGCCGCUCCGCGCCUCCUGGCUCUUGGCGGACUGCGGGUCUGUCCCACGGGGCUCCAGCCGGGCCUGGAAACUCCUGCACGGUUCAGAGCUCAGCAAGUCGACUCAUCACCUAAUUCGCCGGGGAGCUGGAGCGCAGAGAACCCGGGCGCUGCUGACCGCUCCUCCCCACCCCAGCCCCGCCCGGGCUCUGGGAGUCACAGAGUUUGCCCCCCCCGCCCCCCACCCCUGGCAGACAAAGGGCCUGGGCACAGUCGCCGCCUGGCCGCCGACGCUCCGGGGAGGUUGCUGCAUGCGCUGUGGAACGCGCGGGAGGCGCGCGCAGUGGAGAUGGGCCCCGAGAUGCGCCUGACUCGCAUCUGCUGCUGCUGCUGCCUCCUCUACCAGCUAGGCUUCCUGUCGCAUGGGACAACCUCAGGGCUGCAGCUCACCCCGGAUCCCGAGGAAUGGGAAGUCGUGUUUCCUGCACUCUGGCGCCGGGAGUCGCUGAACGCCACGGGCCUCAGCGGGGGCAGCGCAGACCCGGGAUCCGGGCGCAGCGCUGGGGGCGGCGGCCGGGGGCAGGCUUCGGGCAGCUCACGGGAGGUGCGCUCGGUGGCCCGGGCACCGUUGGAAGAAGCCGCCGGAGGCCAACCUGAGUCCUGGUUCGGGUCUCCCCUGCAGCCAGGUGCUGAGGACGAGGAGGAACUCGAAUCUCAGGAGCUGCCUCGGGGAUCCAGCGGGGAUACCGCGCUGUCCUCGGGAACCCCGGCCUCGUGGCAGCCUCCUCUGCCCCCGCAAGGGCCCUCGUCCCCGCCCCCUGCCCAGCAAGAGGAAGCCAGCACAGAGGAGGUGCUGUUGCGGAUCCCGGCCCUCUCCCGGGACCUGUACCUGCUGCUCCGGAGAGAUGGCCGCUUCCUGGCGCAGCGCUUCGCAGUGGAGCAGUGGCCCAAACCAGGUCCCUAUCCCACCCGGGCAACGGCUGACCCUGGUCCUUCCAUGCUGCCAGAUGCCUCCUGCUUUUACACCGGGACAGUUCUGCGCCAUCCUGGCUCUCUGGCUUCUUUCAGCACCUGUGGAGGUGGCCUGAUGGGCUUUAUACAACUCAAUGAGGACUUCAUAUUCAUUGAGCCAUUCAAUGAUACAAUGGCCAUCAUAGGUCACCCACACCGUUUAUACAGGCAGAAAAGGUCCACAGAGGAAAACGUCACAGAGAGUUCAGCUGUUCACCACCAUCACUGUGGUGUCAUUUCAGAUAAAGGAAGACCAAGGUCUAAAAACAUAGCAGACACCAGGCGAGAAAAGCGGUAUUCCUACAAAUUAUCCCAGGAAUACAACAUCGAGACUGUAGUAGUUGCAGACCCUGCAAUGGUUUCCUACCAUGGAGCAGAUGCAGCCAGGAGAUUCAUUCUGACAAUCCUUAAUAUGGUUUUUAACCUUUUCCAACACAAGAGUCUGGGUGUGCAGAUCAACCUUCGUGUGAUAAAGCUCAUUCUUCUCUAUGAAACACCAGCAGAUCUGUAUAUUGGGCACCAUGGAGAGAAAAUGCUGGAGAGUUUUUGUAAGUGGCAGCAUGAAGAGUUUGGCAGGAAGAAUGAUGUACAUUUGGAGAUGUCGACCAGCUGGGGAGAGGAUACUGCGUCGCUGGAUGCAGCUAUUCUUAUAACAAGGAAAGAUUUCUGUGUCCACAAAGAUGAGCCAUGUGACACUGUGGGUAUUGCUUACUUGAAUGGAAUGUGUAGUGAAAAGAGGAAGUGUAUUAUUGCUGAAGACAAUGGCCUGAACCUUGCGUUUACAAUUGCUCAUGAAAUGGGUCACAACAUGGGCAUCAACCAUGACAAUGACCACCCAACCUGUGCUGAUGGUCUUCACAUCAUGUCUGGUGAAUGGAUCAAAGGGCAAAAUCUUGGUGAUGUUUCCUGGUCCAGGUGCAGCAAGGAAGAUUUGGAAAGAUUUCUCAGGUCAAAGGCCAGUAGCUGCUUGUUGCAUACAGAUCCACAGAGUCUCAGUUCAGUGCUGGUUCCCUCAAAAUUGCCAGGGAUGUCUUACACUGCAGACGAACAGUGCCAGAUCCUCUUUGGGCCUUUGGCUUCUUUUUGUCAAGAGAUGCAGCAUGUCCUCUGCACUGGCCUGUGGUGCAGAGUGGAGGGGGAAGCAGAGUGCAGGACCAAGCUAGACCCGCCAAUGGAUGGGACUGACUGCUACCCCGGCAAGUGGUGUAAGACUGGAGAAUGCACCCGCAGGACCCCUGCACCCGAGCACUUGGCUGGAGAGUGGAGCCCGUGGAGUUCCUGUAGUCGAAGUUGCAGUUCUGGGGUCAGCAGUCGAGAGCGCAAGUGCCCUGGGCUAGGUUCUGAAGCAAGGGAUUGUAAUGGCCCCAGAAAACAAUACAGAAUAUGUGAGAAUCCACCUUGUCCUGCAGGUUUGCCUGGAUUCAGAGACUGGCAAUGUCAGGCCUAUAGUGUUAGAACUUCGUACCCAAAGCAUGCACUUCAGUGGCAAGCUGUCUUCGAUGAAGAGAAACCGUGUGCCUUGUUUUGCUCUCCUGUUGGAAGAGAACAGCCUGUUCUUCUAUCAGAAAAAGUGAUGGACGGAACUUCUUGUGGAUAUCAGGGACUAGAUAUAUGUGCAGAUGGCAGGUGCCAGAAACCUGGUUGCGACGGUUUAUUGGGGUCUCUUGCCAGGGAAGAUCAUUGUGGCGUAUGUAACGGCAAUGGGAAAUCAUGCAAAGUCAUUAAAGGCGAUUUUAAUCACACCAGAGGGGCAGGUUAUGUAGAAGUGCUCGUGAUACCUGCUGGAGCGAGAAGGAUCAAAGUUGUGGAGGAAAAGCCGGCACAUAGCUACUUAGCUCUUCGAGAUGCCAGCAAGCAGUCUAUAAACAGUGACUGGAAGAUAGAACAUUCUGGAGCAUUCAGUCUGGCUGGAACUACAGUCCAUUACAUAAGACGAGGCCUGUGGGAGAAGAUCUCUGCCAAAGGUCCCACAACCACACCUUUGCAUCUCCUGGUACUCCUAUUUCAAGAUCAGAAUUAUGGUCUUCAUUAUGAAUAUACUGUUCCAUCAGACCCACUUCCAGACAAUCAGAGCUCUAAGGAGCCGGGACCCCUCUUCAUGUGGACACACGCAGGCUGGGGGGAUUGCAAUGCCACGUGUGGAGGAGGAGAGAGGAAGACAAUGGUGUCCUGCACAAAAAUCAUGAGCAAAAAUAUCAGCCUCGUGGACAACAAGAAGUGCAAGGACUUGACCAAGCCAGAGCCACAGAUCCGAAAGUGCAAUGAACAACCUUGUCAAACAAGGUGGAUGAUGACAGAAUGGACCACGUGUUCACGAACCUGUGGAAAAGGAGUCCAGAGUAGACAAGUGGCCUGUACCCAGCAGCUGGAAAAUGGAACCCUGAUUAGAGCCUGGGAGAGGGACUGCAUAGGGCCAAAGCCCGCAACUGCGCAGCGCUGUGAGGGUCAGGACUGCAUGACGGUGUGGGAGGCCGGAGUGUGGUCGGAGUGCUCAGUGAAGUGUGGCAAAGGUGUGCGUCAUCGCACCGUGAGGUGCACUAACCCGAGAAAAAAGUGUGUCAUCUCCACCAGACCCAGGGAGGCUGAGGACUGUGAGGAUUACUCAAAAUGCUACGUGUGGCGAGUAGGUGACUGGUCUAAGUGCUCCAUUACCUGUGGCAAAGGCAUGCAGUCUCGUGUUAUCCAGUGCAUGCAUAAGAUCACAGGAAGACACGGAAAUGAAUGCUUUUCUUCGGAGAAACCUGCAGCAUACAGGCCAUGUCACCUUCAGCCCUGUAAUGAGAAAAUUAAUGUAAAUACGAUAACAUCACCAAGACUGGCUGCCCUGACCUUCAAGUGCCUGGGAGACCAGUGGCCAGUGUACUGCAGAGUGAUCCGGGAGAAGAAUCUUUGCCAGGACAUGCGGUGGUACCAGCGGUGCUGUGAGACGUGCAGGGACUUCUAUGCCCAAAAGCUACAGCAGAAGAGUUGACCUCUGGCAGGAUGGCUGACCAGCUCACAGCUUUUCUGCUAUUGCAUUAUUUAUAAACACACACACUAGCAUGUUUUUCAGACCAAAUAUUAUCAGAUUAACAUAUAAUUUAAUCAAAUUAAUUUAUUUGCCUGCCAGGCAUCUAAUGUGGUGUUUGUUUUAGACGUACAAACAUUUUGAUUUUAUACUAUGAGGCUUCACAAAUAAUUUUGUAUGAAUGAGUAAGUUGGGUCUAGUAAACUAAUAAGAAAAAAAAGAAAUGAUUUUUUUUUCCCAUUUAGGGCUGUCUCUAUGGUGCUAUUUUCUCUCCACCAAAACCAUUAAGUUAUCCAGUGUAUACACUACCUUAGCAUGAUAGCUUAGCUAUGUAUGCAGAAAAUGAUGUGUUUUCUUGUGUCCUGCUGCAGAAUCUGCCCAUUUUCUGUUAAUGGCAGGAGAUGUGUAAACAGAACAAACCUCACAGUCUUGAAAAGUCUGAGAGAAUGUAUUAUGAAUUUGAUUCAGAUUUUUAGAGGUGCGCAUAGGAGACAUUCUACUGUAACGAUACCUUUAUAAAUAAUGGAAAAGUCAAGACAGAGACUUUGAUCCUGUUGGCGAACAUGCACUUGAACACAAGCACUGUGAGCCUGAUGCACUGUAUUGAUGUACACUGAAUCACCGUUGCGCUGUUUGUGUAGGUGUAGAGAAGCUGUGACGGAAGUGGCAGCUCCCUAUAAAACCUGUAUUAUUGUAACAUGCCAUUAGACUGGCUUUUAAAAGGUAUUUCAAACGGAGAAAACAAUGGAUCCAUCCACAUCUUUCCAUCUCCUAGCAGACUUAUGAAAGAGGAUCGUACUGCGACUCACAAAUCAUAUGAGCAAUGGUAGUAAAUAUUUUUUUCCUUCUUUUCCCUAGGAAAUAAGAAAAUGAGAUUCAGAUAAUAUUUUGAUAGUACCAUUGUGUUUUUUUUUCCUUUUUUAAAAAAUAAAAUUAUAAUUCUCUGAAACAUUC